AUGUAUGUGUACCUAAGUUCAGAACAAUUCUUUCUUUCUUUCUCUUUCUUUAUUUCUUUUUUUCUUUCCUUCUUUCUAUCUUUCUUUCUUUCUUUCUCUUUCUUUAAUUCUUUCUUUCCUUCUUUUUUCUUUUCUUUCUUUCAUUCUUUCUUUCUCUUUCUUUAUUUCUUUCUUUCUUUCUUUCCUUCUUUCUUCCUUCCUUUCUUUCUCUUUUUUUCUUUUUUCUUUCCUUCUUUCUUCCUUUCUUUCUUUCCUUCUUUCUUUCUUUCUUUCCUUCUUUCUUCCUCUCUUUCUUUCUUUUUCUUUUCUUUCUCCUCUGUUCUUAUCUAUCUAUCUAUCUAUCUAUCUCAUUCUCAUCAUAUCUAUCUGUUUUUAUGUCUUCCUGUCUAUCUUUCUGUCUGCCUGUCUGUUACUAUCUGUCUAUCUCUCUUUCUCACUCUCUAUCUAUCUAUCUAUCUCAUAUCUAUCUAUCUGUCUGUUUGUCUGUCUGUUUGUCUAUCUUUUUAUCUGCCUAUUUAUCUAUCCGCCCGUCUGAUAAUAUCUAUCUAUAUAUUUCAGUCUUUUUCUAUCUAUCUAUCUAUCUAUCUAUCGCAGUCUGUUAAUUAUCUAUCUAUCUAUCUAUCUAUCUCAGUCUACUCAUAUCUAUUUAUCUAUCGAUCUUAUCUAUCUCUCUGCUUGUUAAUAUCUUCUAUCUAUCUAUCUAUCUAUCUAUCUAUCUAUCUAUCUAUCCCAGUUUGUUCAUAUCGAUUUGAGUCUGUUCAUAUCUAUCUAUCUAUCUAUCUAUCUAUCCCAGUUUGUUCAAAUCGAUUUGAGUCUGUUCAUAUCUAUCUAUCUAUCCCAGUUUGUUCAUAUCGAUUUGAGUCUGUUCAUAUCUAUCUAUCUAUCUAUCUAUCUAUCCCAGUUUGUUCAUAUCGAUUUGAGUCUGUUCAUAUCUAUCUAUCUAUCUAUCUAUCUAUCUAUCCCACUAGAUCCCUCUCUUAUUUUACUUCCUUUCUAUUCCCCUUUGUUUUUCCUCUCCUCUUAUUUCUCCAUUCUUUCUCUCUUUGUGUCGUCACAACUCAUUUUCUUUGUUUAGAGACUCUUAAUCUCUUUUUUCUGCUUUUUAUUUUCUCCCUUACUGUUUCCUCAUUCUCCCCUUCCUUCUUUCCUCUUCUACGCCUUAAUACAUUUUCUCAUUCUUUCACUACCUCCCUCCUCCCUCCCUCUCCUUUCUUCUCUUUCCUUCUCUCUCUCUUCGUUUUCUCUUCUUUACCUAUCAACAGUCCAUCAGUAAAACUACCCUCUGCUUUUGAUCUUCCAUUAACUCAGACUUUCAUUCGCUGUUAUUCUCCAUGUUUACAAGCCUUGCCAUUAUUUUGA